AUGGAAGAUUUGUCUGUUUACCAUCCCGGUAAUCUUCUAUACACCCAGGAAAAGUUGGUUGGGGAGGCUUUUCCACUGAAUGACCAGUGGGUUUCGCUGAAAAUUUUGAGGGCGGAUAGCUCCCUGGUAUCUCCAGAGCUUCGCAACUUACGACACUUAGAAAAGCACUCCGAACGCAGCUUGUCCUCGAAAUAUAUUGUUCAGUUAUUCGACUCUUUUACUCAUCAGGGACCCAACGGACUCCAUCAGUGUCUUGUAUUUGAGUUGCUUGGUCCUUCCGUCGAUAAGGUUCUCAACGACUACUACGACUCUGGAGAUACGCUUGAGACAGAAGAUAUCCUUCGCAUGACGGAACAGCUUUUAGAAGCCAUUCAGUUUAUUCAUGAUGCUGGCAUGGGACACGGGGAUAUAAGCGGCAGGAACAUUGCCUUCAGUUGUAGCAACCUGUCGAAUGCAGCCGAAGAGGAUCUCUUUGAAGACCUUGGGUUACCGGAGACGGAAGAAUUGGUUCGCCUUGAUGGCAAGCCACUGGACAAAGGCUUACCGAAGCAUAUGGUGAAAGCGGCCGAAUGGGACGAGUGGGUUGAUGAAGAUGAGGAAGAUCUUCGGAUUCUUGACCUUGGAGAGGGGUUCCUUCAAGGACACGAGCCCAAAACCCUCUCUCAACCACACCAAUUGCAGGCACCAGAGACGAUUUUCGGGAACUCCUUUGACCACCGAGUCGACUUAUGGCGUGCAGGCUGCGUGGUAAGUGGCCUUAUGCGGUCGCAGGAAGAUUGA